AUGGCGUCUACUUUCGGGAAAAUAGUCGUGGGUACAUAUGUGGAGAUAAAGCGCAGCGAUGGACGUAUACAUCAAGCCAUGGUGACCUCGCUCAAUGAGGACAAUGAGAGCGUGACUGUGGAGUGGAUAGAAAAUGGAGACACAAAAGGGAAAGAGAUUGAUUUGGAAAGCAUAUUUGCACUUAAUCCAGAUGUAGCACCAGAGGAGGAGAUCUCUCCCAGCCCUGAAACUCCUCCUCCUCCCACACCUACAGGUGUCAAAGUCAGCAAAAUUGCUAAGAAUCGACGCACAAUAGCUCCAAAUAAGUCUGAGACACCGUCCAGAGAUAACAGAGUGCUUCCAACCCGCGGCCGAGCCCUGCCAUCGCAGCAGCAGCCGCCACAGCCUUCGCAGCUUCCGCAGCCUGAGUCGACACCGCCGCCUCCUUCACAGCAGCCAGCUCAGCUCACUCAGGCCCAGACUCAACAGCAACUACAAAAUGCACGGAGAAAGUCUAAUUGUGUGAAGGAAGUAGAGAAACUGCAAGAAAAGAGGGAGAGACGGCGACUUCAACAGCAAGAGCUAAGAGAAAGGAGGGCGCAGGAAGUGGACACGACUAUCCCCAACUUUGAGAUUAUGUACAUGAUUAGAGAUUUCCGAGCCAGUUUAGACUACCGGCCAUUGACAACAGCAGAUCUGAUUGAGGAGCACAGGAUCUGUGUGUGUGUGAGGAAACGUCCACUAAACAAAAAAGAGUUGGCCAUGAAGGAUUUGGACGUGAUCACAAUUCCAAGUAAAGACGUAGUGAUGGUGCAUGAGCCAAAGCAGAAAGUCGAUCUCACCCGUUACCUUGAGAACCAAACAUUCCGCUUUGACUAUGCUUUUGACGAUAGCUCCACAAAUGAGAUGGUCUACAGGUUUACAGCCAGACCCUUAGUAGAAACCAUCUUUGAGCGAGGCAUGGCUACCUGCUUUGCCUACGGACAGACUGGCAGUGGAAAAACCCAUACUAUGGGCGGUGACUUUUCUGGUAAAAAUCAAGACUGUUCGAAAGGAAUCUAUGCCCUUGCCGCUCGGGAUGUAUUUCUCAUGUUGAAGAAGCCCAAUUACAAGAAGUUAGAUUUACAAGUUUAUUCCACGUUUUUUGAGAUCUACAGUGGGAAGGUUUUUGACCUGCUGAAUCGAAAAGCCAAGUUGCGAGUACUAGAGGACGGCAAGCAGCAAGUGCAAGUGGUUGGACUUCAGGAGAAAGAAGUAAAAUGUACAGAGGAUGUCUUAAAACUCAUAGAAGUCGGCAACAGCUGUCGAACGUCAGGACAGACAUCAGCCAAUGCCCACUCAUCCCGAAGCCACGCCGUGUUCCAGAUUAUCAUCAGGAGGAAAGGCAAAAUGCACGGAAAGUUCUCUCUUAUUGAUCUGGCUGGAAAUGAGAGAGGUGCCGACACGUCCAGUGCUGAUCGGCAGACGCGCUUAGAAGGGGCGGAAAUCAACAAAAGUCUGCUUGCUUUAAAGGAAUGUAUCCGUGCUCUGGGUCGUAACAAACCACACACUCCCUUCAGAGCCAGCAAACUCACCCAGGUUCUCCGCGACUCAUUUAUUGGAGAGAACUCGCGCACAUGCAUGAUUGCCACUAUCUCUCCCGGAAUGACUUCCUGUGAGAACACAUUGAACACACUACGUUAUGCCAACAGAGUCAAAGAGUUUGGGAUUAGUCCAUCGGACAUCCCCUUCUCCCAGGGCGGGCAGGGGAACCGUCCUGACCUCUCACCAACCAAUACCUAUGAGUAUGAUGACUAUGCUGCUGUAUCUCCCAGCAGGGUAAAAGAGCUUACAGUGGACCCUAACCAGGUGAUGGAGGGCGGCCGUCCCAACAUCCAUACUGUAAAUCAGUUGGACCUAGAUGAAGAGUGGAUGGGCCUCUCUCCUCAGAGGGACGACCUCAAGCUGCUGUGUGAACAGAAUGAGGAGGAGGUGUCCCCUCAACUCUUUACUUUCCACGAGGCCGUGUCUCAGUUAGUGGAGAUGGAGGAGCAGGUUCUUGAAGACCACCGGGCUGUUUUUCAGGAGUCCAUUCGAUGGCUGGAAGAUGAGAAAGUGCUGCUGGAGAUGACUGAAGAGGUGGACUAUGAUGUUGAGUCGUACGCCACUCAACUUGAACAGAUUCUGGACCAGAAGAUUGACAUCCUCACGGAGCUCAGAGAUAAAGUCAAGGCAUUCCGCUGUACACUUCAGGAGGAGGAGCAGGCUAGUAAGCAGAUCAACCCCAAGAGGCCACGAGCUCUUUAG